AUGAUUAUCAUCAAUUUCAUCUGUGCAAUUACUGAAACAAUUUCGAAUUCCUUCUCAUCAGCACCCGUAUUUCUCGGAAUUACAAAUAUUACAGAUGAUAUGCCUGAUGAACAACGACUUUUUUAUACUUUAAUGACCGGUUAUGAAAAAGCAGUACGACCAACUAAAAAGGCAACUGAUGCUGUAAUCGUCAAGCUUGGUGUUACACUAACGCUAAUUAUGGAUCUUGAUGAAAGAAAUCAAAUCUUAACUACAAAUAUUUGGCUCGAUCAGGAAUGGACUGAUGUGUUUUUCCGAUGGAAUCCAGCUGAUUUUGGUGGAAUCAAAAAGAUACGUAUACCUUGUCGUCAUAUUUGGCUACCUGAUAUUGUCUUAUACAAUUCUGCUGACGAUUACACGCAAGGAUAUAUGCAAUCGUUAGCUAUGAUUACGUUUGAUGGGACAGUUUUUUGGCCACCGAUUGUGAAGUUACGAUCAACAUGUAAAAUCGAUAUAACUUGGUUUCCAUUUGAUGAUCAAGUUUGUUUUCUAAAAUUUGGCUCAUGGACAUAUGAUUCAACUCAACUUGCACUAACAAAUCGAUCCGGAAAUGUUGACAUGAUCAACUAUGUCGAUAAUGGUGAAUGGAAAUUACUAUCAUCAUGGACUGUUCUGUCGACAUUGACAUAUCCAUGUUGUGAUGAAUCGUAUUAUGAUUUGAAGUUUUAUUUUCACAUUCGUCGUCGAACAUUAUAUUAUACAUACAAUGUUAUUAUUCCUUGUAUUAUGUUAUCUUGUCUGACGUGUUUAACUUUUUAUUUACCAACUGAAUCAGGAGAGAAGAUAUCGUUGGGUUUGACUGUACUCCUUUCAUUUUCUGUGUUUAUGUUACUCAUUGCUGAGUCAAUGCCAGCCACAAGUGAAUUUAUUCCUCUGAUAGGCAUUUAUUUUACAUUAGUCAUGAGUUUGACCAGUUUAUCCGUUGUCUUAGCUGUUAUUGUGCUAAAUGUUCAUCUGUACGGCUCUGCUCUGAAACCUGUACCACAUCGAUUACGUCGUAUACUUUUCCUUCAUGUUGCACCAUUUUUGCGAGUCAAUCUGCAUCGCGGAACGAUCAUCAAUGAUCGACAAAAUGCACAUUGUACAUCGACCGCAUCGAUACCACGUCGUUCGACAACGAUCUACAAUGCUAUUUUCGUCAAUGAAAAUGAUCUUGCUAACAAUAACACUUCACAAACAUCUCGACAUCCAUUUUGUUCGACAUCAACAGUCUUAAAUGAGAAUAAUUCCGAUACAAAGAAUGAACUUCCACCGCCUCUACUAUCAAAUCUACAAUCGACUACACAAGCCUUACAAGAAUGCAAACGUUUGCUUUGUGAACUCAAUGGGACAAUUCGGUGUCCGACUGACACACGUGAAGAAGACAUAAUUGCACGCGAUUGGCAAAAUGUUGCACUAGUUAUUGAUCGUUGCCUUUUUUAUAUGUAUCUGACAUUGACAAUUAUGCUAACAACAUUUACUUUACUUCUAGCACCAUUACUCAAAACUGUACCAAAAGCUCCGGAAUAUUUCCGUUUGAAUAUUACUCGAGUGUAA